ACCAGCGCAGCUGCAGAUUAGGUGUCACCAGCUGAAUAUUGAAUACUAGUUCCCUUUUCUCUUUGAAAAACUCAAAUUCACUUACUCUCUGACUCACCACCGCCAAUCCGCCAUCAUGCUCAUACACUUAGUCUUCCUCACCUCACUAAUCUCCGCCGCCCACUCCCACUCCCACAAUGCCUCCAAACAGCCCCUCAACUUAAACUCCUUCAACCCCAAGAUUCCCCCCCGCGGAAUCCCCGCCUCGAAAAGAUUCGAAGGGUCCUCCAAUCUGGUGAAUCUCCGCUACCACAUGGGCCCCGUCCUCUCCUCUCCCAUCAACCUCUACCUCAUCUGGUACGGCCGCUGGCCCCUCUCCCACCGCCUCCUCAUCAGAGACUUCCUCCUCUCCAUCUCCCACCCCUCCUCCCCCUCCCCCUCCGUCUCCCAGUGGUGGCGCACCCUCUCCCUCUACUCCGACCAAACCUCCGCCAACAUCUCCUCCCGCCUCCGAAUCUCCGCCGAAUUCUCCGAUCGCCGCUACUCCCACGGCAAAUCCCUCACCCGCCUCUCCAUCCAAUCCGUCAUCGCCGUCGACCACCGGAGCGGCGUGUUCCUGGUGCUCACGGCCUCGGACGUGGCGAUGCAGGACUUCUGCCGCGCGGUGUGCGGGUUCCACUACUUCACGUUCCCGUCCGAGGUCGGGUACACGCUCCCGUACGCGUGGGUCGGCAACUCCGCGGCCCAGUGCCCCGAGGUCUGCGCGUACCCGUUCGCCGUCCCGGGGUACAUGGCCGGAGGGGGGCCGGGGGCGCUGCGGCCCCCCAACGGGGACCCGGGGGUGGACGGGAUGAUCAGCGUGAUCGCGCACGAGCUGGCCGAGCUGGCCUCGAACCCGCUCGUCAACGCGUGGUACGCGGGGGAGGACCCCACGGCGCCCACGGAGAUCGGGGACCUCUGCGAGGGGCUCUACGGCACCGGGGGCGGCGGAGGGUACAUGGGGGCGGUCAUGAGGGAUUCCGCCGGCCGGACCUUCAAUUUGAACGGCCGGAAUGGGAGGAAGUUUUUGGUGCAGUGGCUUUGGAGCCCACUUCUCAAAGCUUGUGUCGGCCCCAAUGCUAUUCAUUAACUCCAAACACAACUUUUGGUUGUUAAUUAGUCAAUUGGUUUUAUCUAGCUUAUGCUAUGUUGCUAUCCCAAGAAUCAUUUUGUCGGAAUCCUCAGAGCAUCCACUAUAGGUGGACAACUUUUGGUGGACAACUUUUUUUU